AUGGAAUUGCCCUCUGAUCAGGUUCUGACUUUUCUAAAGUCUUCAACGGGUCUGAAGAGAGCAAAGAGAGGUUGGGUUAUUCCGCCAUUCAAUGUACCCGAGAAUAGCAGAGGUCCGUUCCCAAUGAAGCUGGUCCAGAUAAAGUCCGACUAUGCCCUGGAAACUCGAAUGCAAUACAGCAUCACAGGUGAAGGGGCAAAUCAGGACCCAAAGGGAAUUUUCACUGUUGAAAGAUUAUCAGGGAAUCUCUAUGUGACUCAGCCACUCGACAGAGAAAAAAAAGCUUCAUACAGACUUAUAGCUCAUGCUACAGCACUUGAUGUGAUUAAUGUAGCAGAAAAACCAAUGGAAAUUGUCAUCAAUGUGAUCGACCAAAAUGAUAAUAGGCCUGUGUUUACUCAAAAUCCUUUUAAUGGAUAUGUUCAUGAAGCUGCUGGAAAAGAUUAUGAGUUUAUGACGGUCACAGCCACUGAUGCAGAUGACCCAGAUACGAACAACGGUAUAGUCAGCUAUGCAAUUGUCAGCCAAGAGCCACAAUUUCCAAAACCGAACAUGUUUGAUAUCAACAUUUUAUCUGGAACCAUUCGU